UUGCUGUGUGUACUUCUCCCUGCUGAAGCUGCGCUAGAGCUGCGGUGCGUGACGGGUCAGUCUAUUACUGUACUUCCAAAAGCACACUCGUACUCAGAGGUUCCCUGUAGAGACAGAAAUGAACCUGCCGUCCAGAGAGGAGUGCGAGGGGUGGGACCAGGCAAAAGUAGCCUUCUUACUGUAUAAGAAUAAUAUGCAAGAAUGCGCCGUCACCGUAAACAGACUGAAAAUUAAUGGACAGAGAUUUCUGAACCUGAGUGAAAGUGACUUGAGCAAGUUUAGUCUCAUCCACCAGCCGCAGCUUCAGAAGAUCGUUCAAGAUAUCAAGAAAAAUGAUGGCAGCUUCCUGAAUAAACUAAAAAGGCUGACAAACAAACCGGUGCCCACAGUACCGGCGAGAGACUACAGAGAUGACCACAGGGAAAGCGACGAUCAGCUGUCGGAUUCUGAUUACGACAAUGACACAUAUGAGGAUCCACGUGAUGAUGACAGCUACGAACCUCCUCCUAGCCACAGAGUCUUCACCGCACCUCCCUCUGGUUCCUUCCCAAGGGGCGAGUAUGUCGACAGUCCGCCCAAGCGGCCACCCAAGAAGCCCCUCCGCCCAACUAAGUUCAAAGAGCUACCCCCUGAACCCCCAAACGUGGGAAGUGAUGAAGAGGACUACAUAAAUCCAGAGGACAAUGACAACUAUAUAGAACCUUCAGAGAAUCCUAGCAUGAACAGUGGGAACAAAGCUACAAGAGACCUUCCCAAGUUACCACAGCGGACUCCGAGUCCCGAUUUUUAUGAAGUUCCUGACAAAGAGGACAAUUCUCCAGCUCAUCCAGGAAGCAGAUUAUGUCCAACCCCAGCAAAACACUCAUCAUCUUUACCACCAAAACCCAGCCCCAGAGUGAACAUGAGGAAAUCUCCCACGCAUGUCCAGGAGACAACUGAUGGGGAUGAAUAUGAAGUUUGCGAUCCAGACGAUAGUCCUGGGAGGAAUCGUCCUCCACGUCUACCUAAACCUAUACCCAGAGAGAGGUCACCAAAACCACCUCUAGGACCGAGGCCAGAUUUAAAAGCAAAGGACUGUGAAAGCAAAACACUGCCUUUGGCUCAUAAUGAACAGAAGACUCCUCCAAAAGCCUUUACACUGGACUUUCAGCGACCAAAAAUUCCUAUUCCACAGUUUACCUCCCCAAAGCCUCAUGAAAAUGACACAGGAGAUCAAGAUAAGGAUGCAGACAUCUAUAGGAAACCCUGGUAUGCCAGUGGGUGCGACCGAAAAACUGCUGACGAUGCCUUGUUUCGCUUGAAUAAAGACGGAGCGUUUAUGGUGAGAAAGAGCUCUGGUCAUGACGCACAGCAGCCGUAUACGUUAGUGGUGUUUUACAAUGGCAGAGUGUACAACAUCCCAAUCCGCUAUAUACCAAGCACUCAGCAGUAUGCUCUGGGAAGAGAGAAGAAAGGGGAAGAGCACUUCAGCAGCAUCUCUAAGAUCAUUGAGAACCACCAGAGAAACCCCCUGGUGCUGAUUGACAGUCAGAGCAAUGCCAAAGAAGCCACCAAGUUAUGCUACCCAGUGAAGCCCUAGGCGACCCUCGGUGACUCCAAACAGCAGAGUGAUUGGUGCUGAGCGACUCGGUCCACUGUGUUUGCUGACUUUACAGAGGUCACUGGGGGCUGGUUUGAAACACACCCGAGUGCAGAGCUUGAUUGUUUCAAAACAAGCACAGGAGUCACCCAGUGCGGGCGUGCAUGAGAACCUCACCAACACGGAAGCUUCCGUCGUGUUAUGUUAAAGAUUAUUUAGAUUGACACCCUGGCGAGUGAUGUGACAUCACAGUGUUACACUGAUAAUGAAUCGUCUUUCCCCAAUUUUCUGAGAACUUAUCUUGACAGAAUUCCUCACUUGUGAUAAUUCUUUUUUUCCUUUUGACCUAAUGCAGCAUCAAGUGGUCUGACACUAUAUGAUAUAUGAUUUUAUGUAUGCAUUUCUGCCAAACUGACUAAGAACUGUGUGUGAAAAGCAAUCCUUUUUCUACUGUCCACAAUGACACCUUGAACUGUAAAUCUACAAUUAUAACUUGCCGAAUUGGCAUAAAUAACGUACACAGAAUACUAGAAUGUGUCUAGAGCUGGACUUUGAGCUCUACAGGGGACACCAACCAGGUUCAGAAUAAACCGCAGGAGCACGCAAUGGGAUUUCAAUAAGCGUGAGCCAGACAACACAAAUUCAAACCCAUCCCAACCCUUAAUCUGUGGUUAGGAUGUUGUGCAGGAGCAGCAGCCCCAUUAUCUUUUUCCCCUUCUUCAAUGGUGGAAGGACUGCACACUGGACCUGCCUGCACUGCUGGCCAUGCAGAGCUGAAGUAGCACAGACACAGAGAACUUUUAAACUCAUGUUUUAUUCACUUUUUUUUUAAUGCUCAGUUGGUAAACAGUGUUUUAAAAUGAAUCAGGGAAUGAGACAGCUUUGCUGUAAGCAGAAAGAAGCAGGAAGCAGUAGGUUUAUGAUAGCAAUACUUCAAGGAGCAAUUUCUACAAGGUUGUAUAUUUGGUUUUAAUAAAAAAAACUUUUGUCUCGUAUAUUCAGUCACAACAAAAUGUCACCAGGAACUUACAAAGUCUUCCAUUUAUUCUCUCUUCAACAUGUAAUGCUAUCACACUCGUGUACAUUUGUUGCAUAAAAAUAAUUCCUAGGCACUUUGUGAAAAAUUCUCAGGUUAUAUAAUAUUUUGUACCUCUAGCAGAACUAUGUACAAUUAUAAAUCUCAGAAGCUAAACUGAAAAAGAAUUAUUCACACUUAUGAAAUGGAGAUUCAUGCACAAUUUAUAUACAUACAUCCAUUCAAUAGUCAGACACAAACAAACACAUGACAGCAGGCACACGUUUCUCUCUUUCUCUCUGUGAAUACUGAGGGAUCACGGCUGCACGAGGAAAUGUCGAGCCACAGUAGGACACCGGUUGAGAUUGUCAUAGGCUUCGGCCUGAUAAGGUGAGGUAACGGGAAAUGUAUAUUCUGCUUUCAUAGUGCAAUCAAAGGAUAAGAUUAUCAUCAUUUCAAGUCAAACAGAGGAAAUGUACGGAGGACCAAAAAAAAUUUAAUUAAAUAAAAAUCAUGAUCAGAUCAUCGAGGCCUAUUUAAGUUAAAAAAAAAUCUAGGUUUGAUUUUUUUUUUUAAGAACUCAAUUUGUCACUGAACAUGACAACACAGGUAUGUUUUGAAAGUAGUCCUCGGUGUAUUAGCUCCCACUGCAUGAACAAAUGCAUCAAAAUAUUCUCUUGCAGUUAAUACUAUAUUUGAACAUAAUUUGGAGUUUACACAAAAGGGGGAAAAAAAAAAAAAAAAAAGCAAAUACACUUAUUUUGCUAAUGACCUGGGGAGGAAAUGCAUAUAGGAAGCACAUAAAGGCUAAACCGAAGUAUCAUAAAUAAAUGUUUCAUAAAACA